GGCUUUGAUCCCUAAUCGCCAACUUCACCUGCUCCGGAGCAAGUUAGCCGUUCAGCAUUAGUUACCAUGGGGAUUUACCCCAUUGAGAAGAGAACCACCCUGCGAGCCAUUAUACCUCGGAACUCGGAGCUCCGAGCUCGGAAGUCGUGCUGACAACAUGAAAUGUUGAGCUGGUAAAAAUGAACAAACCGAAAAUGGCCGCAGAAAAAGGGGUUCCCAGUAACUCCAAGGUACAGAUGCUUCUGGGGCAACUGGAGAGGAUAAACGGAGAGGGCAUGGUGAAUGAUGUCGAAGCAGCACGACAGGUCACUGCAAAGAUACUUCAUCUCAUUCAGACGCAGGAGAAGAGCGGAAAAGAGGUGAUGUCCAAAGGUUCCAGUGGCAUCGAGGUCAUCCUGUCUUCACUGGAGAACACACGCGAUGACCAGACCACCCUGAACAUCCUGUACAUUCUCAGUGAGCUGCUGACUGCGGGUCACAGGAUGGGAGUAUUUGUGUCUAAAGGAGUGACAGGAAUAUUAUUCCAUAUUCUGAUGACUACCAGUAAAGAAUUGGCACCCAGUGAGGAACUCAUGCUUCAGCUUCACUCACUGUUGGCCAAGGUCGGCCCAAAAGACAGAAAGUUUGGAUUGAAAGCGCGUUUGAGCGGAGCUCUGAACGUCACAGUCAACUUAAUGAAACACAGUCUACACAACACCAAACUGCUUCUGCCCUGCCUGCAGGUUCUCAGGGUUUACUCUACCAACUUAGUGAACUCUGUUUCUUUGGGCAAGAAUGGAGUGGUGGAGCUCAUGUUUAAGAUUGUCACGCCAUACAGCAAGAGGAACACCAGCCUGAUCAAGGUAGCUCUGGACGCCCUGGGAUCACUGCUCAAAUCCAAAACAAAUGCUCGCCGUGCAGUGGACGGCAAACAUGUGCCUGUCUUGCUUGCUAUGUACAUGGAUUGGCAUCGCAAUGACACACGGCAUCGCCAUAUGCUGAUUCGCAAAGGGUUUCUGAUCUGCCUCAGAAACAUCACCAACAUCAAGCUCGGCAGGAAGGUGUUCAACGAAGCAGAUGGCAUGAGGAUCCUCUUCAACUCAUCCACCGAGUGUCUACCGGUGCGGACACUGGAUCCUCUGGUCAGCAUUGCGAGUCUCAUCAUGAGGAGCUGUUUUCCUAAGAACCGUCUGCCUCUGCCCACCAUCAAAUCUGCCUUCCACUACCAGCUGCCACACAAACAUGUUAUAGGACCUGUAGCACAGCUAUACAGCCAGCCUGCUGGGGGAAGUCAUCAGCUCAGCAGCAAGCCCUUAAAGAAGGUGGAUGAUGUAGUGGAUGACAGUGAUGAUAAUGAGGAGACAGAGGCUGACACAGAGAACGAUACUGAGAAUGAAGAGGAUGAGAAGGAUCAUAACACUGCGAAUGAGGACAUAGAGACAGACCUGAACAAGUUACAUCCGAAAAAGAGUCCUGACCGUCCAUUCGAGGAGUUGAGAGUCUACGAGAGAUUCUUCCUGGAGCUAUCUGAAGACUUUCAGGGGUGUAACUUUGAAUGCUCAAAGAGUGGCUCUACUACAUCUUCAUCAUCAACCACCUCAUCAUCAGCUUCGAGUCGAUCAAGUCGGCCAAUCAUAGUGCCCACAGCUCAAGCCUUGUCCCCAAAGCAUGUUCCCAAAGCGACUUCUCAGGAGGAUUGCUACCCUACCAAAGUUCAACGCACUCAGCCAUCUCCCUCUGCUUCCUCUACCCCUGCAUCUCAAGCACCUCUCGAACUGGACACUAUCCACCGCAUCAAGGACCAAGACAAAAAAGAGGAGGCCCACAUUCCUUCCCCAGACGGACUUGCAACCUUGUCCUCCCUCACAAGGCCUCCUUCCCAAGGGCAGAGGAUAGAACAGGAACUAGCACAUGUGUUGGACUGUGUCUCUCUAGAAGAGGAGGGGGGUCUAAAUGCAGAAGGAGGAACAUGGGGAGUCAAACAAGCAGGAACUUCAGUCAAUGGCACGAGACUCAUACAGUCUCCUCUGCUCCUAGGAGGUAUCGUGACACGUCGUGUGGGAGGAGGAGGCAGUAACUGGGGUUCAGAUUGUGGUUCAGAGGGGACUGAGGAUGAAGGAGGGGAAGGGGCAGUUCUGGAGGUGCCAGACACGGCACUGCUCCUCUCACUGCAUGACCCGGACCUUUACGUGGAGAUGGUGAAGGGAACACACUCUGUACCCCAGUAUGCUGAAGUGGCUUAUCCAGACUACUUUGGCCACAUAGCCCCAACAUUUAGAGAACCCCAUCUGGAGAGAGUUUAUGGUGUACAGAGUUCAAAGAUAUUCCAAGACAUUGAGAGGUUGAUUCAUCCUAACGAUAUUCUGGAUAAAGUUGUUUAUGACCUGGACAUUCGUAGUUGUCCCGUGAUUGAAGAUGAGGGUGAAUCACUGAAGUUCAACUCUCAGUUUGAGUCUGGCAACCUCAGGAAGGCAGUUCAAGUUAGGAAAUAUGAGUAUGACCUUGUGCUGAAUUCCGACAUCAACACUAAUCACUACCACCAGUGGUUCUACUUUGAAGUGAGCGGCAUGCGUGUUGGAACUACUUACCGCUUCAACAUCAUCAACUGUGAGAAGACAAACAGCCAGUACAAUUAUGGCAUGCAGGUGCUGAUGUACUCUGUCCAGGAGGCGAUUGGUGGCAGGCCUCGUUGGGUCAGAACAGGGACAGACAUCUGUUACUACAAGAACCAUUUUCCAAGGAGCUCCAUUGCAGCUGGUGGUCAGAAAGGAAAGUCUUACUAUACACUGACCUUCAGCAAAACCUUCAGCCAUAAGGACGAUGUCUGCUACUUUGCCUAUCAUUACCCUUAUACUUACUCCACGCUUAAGAUGCACCUGUCCAAACUGGAGGCUUUGAAGACCCCUCAGAUCUACAUAAGACAGGAUGUCCUGUGUGAAACCCUAGGGGGAAACAGCUGCCCCCUCCUUACCAUCACUGCCAUGCCAGAGUCCAACUCCAAUGAUCACAUCUGUCAAUUUAGGAAUCGUCCAUUGAUCUUUCUCACGGCCAGAGUGCACCCAGGAGAGACCAACGCCAGCUGGGUAAUGAAGGGCACACUGGAGUUCCUGAUGGGCACCAGCCCACUGGCUGCCAACCUGAGAGAGGCCUACAUCUUCAAGAUAGUCCCCAUGCUCAAUCCUGAUGGGGUUGUGAAUGGAAAUCAUCGCUGCUCUCUAAGUGGAGAGGAUUUAAAUCGCCAGUGGCAGAACCCCAAUCCUGAGCUCCACCCAACCAUCUACCACACUAAAAGCCUGCUGCAGUACCUCGCACACAUACAAAGGGCACCACUGGUGUUUUGCGACUACCAUGGUCAUUCCAGAAAGAAAAACGUGUUUAUGUACGGCUGCAGUGUGAAGGAAACAGUCUGGCAGUCCAAUAUCAGUGCUACAUCCAGCGACCUGCAGGAGGACCUUGGCUACAGGGCUCUUCCUAAGAUCCUCUCCCAGAUCGCCCCGGCCUUCAGCAUGGCGAGCUGCAGUUUCGUUGUGGAGCGCUCUAAAGAGUCGGCCGCUCGCGUUGUUGUAUGGAGAGAGAUAGGAGUACAACGCAGUUACACCAUGGAGAGCUCCCUCUGUGGCUGUGACCAGGGCAAAUAUAAGGGUCUUCAGAUCGGCACCAGAGAGCUGGAGGAGAUGGGGGCUCAGUUCUGUGUCGCCCUGCUGAGGCUCAAGAGACUGACGGGGCUCCGCAACCACCAAAACCUGCUGGAUCUGGAAAGUGACAUCAUUGGGACACAGUCUAAAGUGGUCAGCAGCUGCUCCACUACCUACGUGAUGGAGGAGGACGAGCCGUCCUUUCUGGAGGCAAUAGACUACAGUGCAGAGAGCAAUGAUGAGGACCCUGAGGCUGAAAAUGAGCACGGCAGCGGAGUCCACAAGAAUCCAGAUCACCUCGAUCAGCUGUCGGACUCUGAGACGAAUCACAGAGACUAACGCUGAGGUGUUCAUCCUCUCUAUACCUGGCAGUUUGAGCUUAUAACCAUUCAUUGCUCAGACUGUUAACUGAUCUGAAAUACAAAAAAAAAUACAGAACAUCACAGGUUUAUUUACACUUCUCAUUUUGACUAAUGAAUAUAAAGCUCAAAUGUAUAGCUGACCUCACUACAUAGACACUUUAUGGUGGUACGUAUGCUUCAUCAGCACCAGUCAGGUGCUCUGUUCCCAGAUGGAGUAAUUUUGUCGGCCCGCUUUAGGCAACUAGCCUGGUGUAGCCAGACUCAUACUCAAAUGGGUAUUAGUCCUGGACCUCUCCGUUCAUUUUUCGAUUUCCAAGAUGCUUUACCAACGGACUCAGACCAAAAUGCCUCCGCACGCAAUUGGAUAGAACUACAACCUGGGAGAGCAACGAAUUAUGUGACAUCUGUUGAGCGAUGCGAAAAUGUCAACAGACUAGAGCGUGCAGAGGGGAGAUGUCUGUGAACGAGUUUUGCCGUUUUUGUGGGAGAAAUUUGAAAAUAUCUGGUACUUUUAGUCAAAUGCUCGUUCAUGCUUGGCAGCCAUCUUUAGUUGUUUACAAAAGUCGCUUCUCUCCGCGUCAUGGAAUAAAACCUCGGCCAUUAUCACAUGAUCCGUUGUGAUUGGACCGGCAGGAUUUCUGCCGAUGGGGAAUCACACGUAGUCUGGCAGAGCAACUUAAAUGACCGCCCAGAAUUCCCAGGCUAGUAGGCGACUGUUGCCUCUGAAGAUGCUCACUCCAGUGGUCUUUUCCAUUCAGAAAAGUGGAUUUAUUGCCCAUAGAGCUGGCUGCUUUUUAUCCCCCACCUUUCUCCUCUGAGGAACAUCGGCGCUUGCAUUCUCUGUGUCCAGUCCGUGCGUUAAGAAUUUAUCUAGACAGGCUAAAACACACAUGGGAAGGCCUGUGUCUAAGCAGUGUCUUUUACCCACCAUAGUGGGGGCUAUUGCCUUGGCCGAUGUUAGCAAGGGUCUUGAGCCUCCUGUGGGCUUACGUGCACAUUCCACUAGGCACCUAGAAACCUCAUGGGCUCUCUUUAAGGGGGUUUCUUUUCAAAAGGUGUGUGCAGCUGCAUGCGGGGCCUCACCCCACACAUUUGCAAGGUUUUAUAGGUCAGAUGUGACAGCGCCAACUAUGGCCCAUGCAGUCCUCGGUGCAGACCCUUCCCAGAAUGUGGCGUCAUGUUUGUGAAGUGCCACUGGGGACAGCUGUCUUCGUUACAGGCAUGUCUGGAAAUCCGGCAGGCAGUAUUUUUUCCCCAUAGUGAGAUAAAACAAAUCCUAUGAAAGAGAACUCUAGGUUAUGGAUACAACCCCAGUUCUCUGAUUAGCAACAACCCUCCUUGCUGCCGAAGCGAGGAAGACGCUAUAUCAGCCUUUUCUAUAGGAGGAGGGUCCCGUUCCUGCUUGACAGGCGUCAUCAGUACCAGCCAAUGAAGGCUGGCGUAAUGUCAUCAUAGCAUUCCCUUUUCUGCCUCACUAUGGCAAAACAUAGUGACUCCCGGAUUUCCAUACAUGCCUGUAUCCAUAACUAAAAGAUAUUUUAUGUUCCAUCCUGAUAUUUUACUGGUCUGCGCCACCAAGAAACUCAAACCCAACCUGUGUUAGUUAGUCGGUGUUGUGUGUUUAUAUUAACAGUUCACGGUGUGUCUCAGUAAAGACGUGUACAUAACACGAGUAGGUUACAGAGGAGAGGGUGUGAGGGCAGAACUCGUGGAGUCACGUCUGAGUAGGUUUCUCUACAUUAGACACUUGGAUGGUAACUGAUGCUACCCAGCAGCCCAAGUGGCUGAUUGGUUAUCCCCCACAUCCCAUUUCAACACCGACACCUCGACAUGUCAGGAAGGGAGGAUUAAACCAACAAAAGGAGUAAAAUGUUAGCGUGCAGGAUGAGAUUGAAGGGAAGAUUUUGAAAGGAGCUAAGAAGGCGAGCUAACCCGGGGCGAAGUGGCUUCCACAGCGGUCUGGGCACGGGGGUCAGCCCCGACACGUCACCCAGGAUGAGCGCCCGAGUCAGACCCCACCGGGGGGUUGUGGCCGCAGCCAUGAUAAGCGGGAGGUUAUAGACGCCAGUGGGCUUUCGAAUAGCUUAUGCAGCUGCAAGUGCUGAUAUAGCCGCUUUCUCCUCUAGCAUAGGGCUUGGAAAGUAGCGCUUCUCUUCUGGGUAUAUAUGUUUGGGUCUGUUACUACCUGUUGUGUGGUUUUACCACCUGCUAAUUUAUUUCGGGAAAUAUUGCUACCUCCCAAGGGUGAAAAGUAUUGCCACUGCAUCGGAGCUAGGACACAACUGUACAGCGGGGAACGCAGCGCCCGGUGACCGAGGUGUGCUCUCAGAUUGAUGGACAGUUGGGCUUGGCACCCGAUAGCACAGUUGCGUACAGGCUUCUGUGAGACGCGAGAAGAGGUUGUUGCAUGACAACUGACGCUAUGUCAGCCCAUUGCACAGGGCGAGGGUCCCAUCCCCUCCCGACAUAGGCCUCGUGGGUGCCAGCCAGCGAAGGCUUCUGAUGAGGUCACGCCGGAGGCGUAUCCCAUAGUGAGACACGGAACGGAUGCUACGAAAGAGAAGCGCGUGCACCGGUGGGGAUGUUUUUCAUCAUUUGAAGUAAUAGACUGUAUUAUAACAUUAGACAAUGCCGUAACGAACAAGACGCAUGAACUGCAAAGAACACGAAUAAAAAAAAACCUUUUGCACUUUGGAUAAACACUGCGCACGCAAAAAAACCAUGACAGAAACAAAAUCCCUUCGCAGCGUGGCACAGUUUGCACACUUCGACUUAAGUUCUCAGAGCCCAGCCUCAAGCUGACGGUGAUGUUGCUGUGAUGUUUUAAAAAUUAUACUGGAACCUUGUUUUCUUCAUUUCCCUUCCUCCAAUCUGUGUGUACAUUUCUUUGUGAAUUUACCCUGACAUAAAAAAUAGAUGGUGCUUCGUACUGAGAGUAUAAAGUAGUUUGUUGGAUUUGUUCUCCGUUUUCUGUUCGUGAAGAUACGUUGAGUUGCUGUUGCAAUUGUACAGCUGGCGCAUGGCGAUUUUUCUGUUGUUGUUUUUUUUUGUGUGUAAUUUAUUUUUAACUUUCUGGGAUGCAACAUGUGCGUGUGUGUGUGCGUGCGUGCGUGUGCGCGCAGAAAGGAGUUCAAGUUAUUCCAUUAUUCAGCUCAGCUAAUGCUCUUACAGUGUGUUUCUUCUCUCAAUUUGAUUAUCCCCUCUCACUCUCCCCAAUCAUUUUCUCUCUCUCUUCUUCCCUCUGAACCUCUGUCAUUCGUCCUUUUCUGUUUUUUCUCUCUCGGCUACUUCCUUUACACAUUUUACUCAUGGGCUGUUUACUCUUUGACUGGAGGUGAACAAGUGGAAAUAGCAACUCGUUUUUUUUUAAGUUGAUUGUAACGCAAAACAUAAAAACUAAGCGUGAAGACAUUAUGGAAAAUAAAAUGUGAAUGUGGUUAA